CGUUCAGGUGAUGCCGCGACGUCACUGCGCUCUAAUCACGGAGCGCGUCAUCCGGACGGUGCGUAACUUGAUAAAUAUAUUACGCACAGCGGUUUGUUGUGAGCGGUGUCAAGGGUUCCUCUCCGUCUGUUCGGGUUCGGGUCUGGUCCUGCUCAUGGCGGCCUGUGAUUGGCUGAGCGCUGCCCCUCCCCCGCCGCAGCACGUGUCUGCCUGAAGCAGCGAGGGGGCGGUACGUCGCCCAUCGCGCUGCCCCGGUCGCACUGCUCCUGCACGAGACGCUGGAGAUGUCGGAUCCACGGAGGAUGACGGCGACUUCAACCGGGAGGCGCUGAGCAGAGACCUGGACCCGGACUGACCCCCUUUUAGGACGUUUAAAGAGGCACCGGCUGCACAGUGAGUCACCUCCACAGAACAGGGAGUUUAUGGAGAGGAGCUAACUUGGCUGUACUGAGCCGCCCCCAGCUUUCCCGCGCUCCCCCGCCCUCUCCAGCUGCAUCAUGGGAGACGUAGUCCAGAUGCACUUCAGCACGGUGGACUAUGUGAUCUUUGCGUUGCUGCUGGUGGCGUCGACGGGCAUCGGCCUCUUCUACGCCUUCUCCGGGGGGCGCCAGCGGACCACGCAGGAGUUCCUGCUGGCGGACCGCUCCAUGAGCUGCCUGCCCGUGUCGCUGUCGCUGCUGGCCACCUUCCAGUCGGCCGUGGCCAUCCUGGGAGCGCCGUCGGAGGUGUACACCUUCGGCACGCAGUACUGGUUCCUGGGCUGCUCCUACUUCCUGGGGCUGCUCAUCCCCGCCCACGUCUUCAUCCCCGUCUUCUACCGCCUGCGCCUGUCCAGCGCCUACGAGUAUCUGGAGCUGCGCUUCAACAAGACGGUCCGGAUCUGUGGGACGAUCACCUUCAUCUUCCAGAUGGUGAUCUACAUGGGGGUGGUGCUGUACGCCCCCGCUCUGGCCCUCAACGCAGUAACUGGGUUUGACCUCUGGGGGGCGGUGUUGGCUAUGGGCCUUGUGUGCACACUGUACACUGCACUGGGAGGUCUGAAGGCGGUGAUCUGGACGGAUGUGUUCCAGACGGUGGUGAUGUUCGCCGGGCAGCUGGCGGUCAUCGUGGUGGGGACCAGCCAGGCCGGGGGCAUCUCCGAGGUGUGGAGGAAGGCCAUGAACGGCAGCCGCAUCGCCUCCCUGGACCUGAACCCCGACCCCCUGGAGAGGCACACCUUCUGGACGCUGGGCGUGGGCGGGGUCUUCCUGAUGCUGGCGCUGUACGGAGUCAACCAGGCCCAGGUCCAACGCUACCUGAGCUCCAGGACGGAGAGGGAGGCCGUGAUGUCUUGCUACGUGGUGUUCCCGUGCCAGCAGAUCGUUCUGUCUCUGGGCUGUCUCAUGGGGCUGGUGAUGUUCGCCCGCUACGGAGAGGACAGCCCUCUGGACAAGGGCUACGUCAAGACCAAGGACCAGAUGGUGCUCUACUUCGUGAUGGACGUCUUCAGAGACCUGCCGGGUCUGCCUGGUCUCUUCGUGGCCUGCCUCUUCAGCGGAGCUCUCAGUACAAUCUCUUCGGCCUUCAACUCCCUAGCAACAGUAACCAUGGAGGACCUUAUCAAGCCCUUUUUCCCAAACAUGACUGAAGCCAAAGCUACGCUGCUCUCCAAGGCUCUAGCCCUUGGCUACGGUCUGGUGUGUCUGGCCAUGGCCUACGUCGCCUCCCUCAUGGGUUCGGUUCUCCAGGCGGCCUUCAGCAUCUUCGGCAUGGUGGGAGGACCACUACUGGGCCUCUUCUGCCUCGGAAUGUUUUUCCCCUGGGCCAACUCCACGGGGGCUCUGGUGGGCCUGUUCUCAGGUUUGGCCAUGGCCUUCUGGAUCGGGAUAGGCAGCUUUGUGAUGCGUCUGCCAGGCCCCGACCUCCUGCCAUACGCCAACACGACGGCCCCGCCCCUCCUGGGCAACAUGACGACGGUUGCCAUGACGACGCUGGUCAGCAACAUGACGUCCAAGACUAGGCCCAGUGGGGUGGAGGCCAUCUACAACCUGUCCUACAUGUGGUACAGCGCCCACAACUCUGCUACCGUGGUGCUGGUGGGGCUGCUGGUCAGCCUGAUCACAGGGCCCAUGAAGGAGAAGGACCUGACCCCCGGGACGGUGUUCCCGGUGUUGGGCACCCUGCUGUUCUUCCUGCCCGAGCGCUACAAGGAGAAGCUGUGCUGCGUGACCCCACUGGGCCACAAGCAUAAGGACGCCCAGCCCUACCUGACGGCCCAGAAGGAGAACCAGGAGGAGGUGGAGGAGGAGGUGGGGGGGCGCAAGGGGGCGGGGGAGAAGCUGGUGGAGGCCGGCCUGGCCGCCCCCCGGGCCUCCACCACCCUCAGCCCCCACCCCUCCGAAGAGACCGCCCUCUAA